AGAAAAUAUACCAUGGGUAAAUGGCGGAAGACGAAACAUUUGUGACAUCAUUAGGGUUGGUAAUAACGCAACAUUCAUCACAACUGUCAUGCUGUAGUGAUUUUACCUGAGUGAUUUUACCUUUGUGAACAUGGAUAGUCAUAUGGACACUGAUGGUGGAAGGUCCCAUGGAAAUGUACCGAAAGGCGUAGACGUUCUGGAUAAUAAAACCAUUGAAAAAGUGGCCAGAAAAGUUGGGAAACGUUUGUUGGAUCUGGCAGAACAACUUCAAGCUAAAAUUGUCGUCAAAGAUGUAUCUGACUCCUUGGAUGACCCUAUCCCAAGUUUUGGUCAGGCUUUGCAGACGCUUGACGCAUGGAGGCAGACAUUCAACCGAUUGAACCUUGUGGAGACCUUAUGGAAAGCUGCCCUAGCGGUUGGUAUCGACCUUUCACAAGAACUUGAACCAUUGCAGCAAAACCCUCUCUGCCCGUGUGGUAACAAUGAAUCUCUGAAGUUCAGGCGUUACUUCGGUUACAGUCCAAAUGAACAGUAUCCACUUAUUGGCAUCUGCUGCGUCCCUUGUGGUCAGGAAUGGCUUGAAGAUAAAUACCUGUUCCAUCCAGAUCUUAAUAAUACACGUCCAAGUAUUGAGGUGUAUGGAACAACCCUCAAGAAACAGCUUAAAGUACCUGUAGAGAAGAGCCCGAUAUUUCCGGAAAAUGGUUUUCGGCAGGAAAUCGGACUGUCAGAUGUCUUGAAGGUAGGAGACCACAUCGCAUGGGAACGUCCAUACUACAUAUGGCAUCAUGCCAUAGUAUCGGCAGUUAAUAAAGUCAGUUCUGGGGUAAUCAGUGUGAUUCACUGGAAUAAGGUAAACUGGGGAUGCUGUUUAAAACAAAUAAUGGAAGAAGAGAUAUGUUUGGACGAUCAAAAGGGUACGCUACACCGCCACGAGUAUGGGGAGGAAAUGACCAAUGCUAACCCAACAGAGCUCGUCAUGGCUCGUGCCAAGUGCAGAGUAGGUGAUAACGGAUACAGUGUUGCAAACGACAACUGCGAAUCAUUUGCUUCUCAUUGUAAAAUAGGUGUGGCAGAGAGCUCACAGAAAAAAUGGUUUUGUGAAAAGGUAAAAGAAGUGGCAGAACAAUCAAUAAAGGCAAUUACAGGGCAUGUAUUGGUUCACAUUGGGGAUAUUGCUGGCAAUGUGGGAAACUUGGCUGAGUGGGAACUGGUAGAGCAGGUUGCGAAUGCACAUAGUGAAGUUGGUAUCUCGCUCGAAGAGUCUUUGGCUAGACUCUCACUGAACAAAACAGAAGCUUAUAUCAUUAUCGCCAUGGCAGGUUUCGCAUGCGUUUUGGACCUGAGUGAGUCUUAUAAACAGAGGAAACAAGAUAAGUUGUCCCUGAAAGACUUUGCCCAAAUCGUCACACUUAAAGUGUCUGCAGCGUUGGUCGGUGCCGGACUAGCUGUAUACUUGGGUCGUGGGGGUGUGGAAGGGCCUGCUGAUGGUUGGACGUUCCAAUUCCCGGGCUUAGGGAUGAGCAUAGGAGGGUUUAUUGGAUGGUUUGUUGGUGAUUCAAUUAGUAAAACUGCAGUCAAAUCAGCUGGUUCCUUCAUUGGGCCUCCAAUUGGUCGUGCGAUCGCCAGGGCAAUUGGUGGUACAGACGACAGAGACGUACGCAUCGUGGACCUGUACCCGGGAGACCAAAUUGUUGUGUUCGCAAAUCUCCUCCAUCCGAGACACCAUGCUAUAGUUGUCUCAUGCAAUCAAGAAAGCAAGAAAGUCAUGGUUAUCCACAGUACAUAUGAGAAAGGUAUAGUUGAGGAAGAGGUUGAUUUCCGUGAUCCCGUGUAUAGAGUAAUAUACAAUGACCAGGAUUGUUAUCCACCCGACAGAGUUAUCACAAGGGCUAGGUCCAAGAGUGUGCAUGGUGUUUAUGAGUACUCCUUGGUACUAAAUAACUGCAAGCACUUCGCCCAAUGGUGCAAACUGAAGAAGUAGGACCCUAAGAGUAACUACAAAUAUAUGGGUAAAAUCUCUUUUGAAGGAGUGGUGGCUCUGAAAAAA